AUGACUGGUCCUCUCAUGGAUCAUCUAGAUACGAUCCAGGUUGUCAAGGACCUGGAGGCGGUGCGUGCUGCACUUGGGAACGAAAAGAUGAACUGGCUGGGCAUGUCAUAUGGCACCAUGAUUGACACCCAAUAUGAUGAAGCUUCCAUGCUGCUAAGCGAAGCGACGACCUAUGAGACAACACUCAAGAGAUUCUUCAACUGGUUCGAGACAGGCAAUAAGCCAACUUGCGUGCUGUCAGGACGUAAUGUAGAAAAUAUUGGCAAGAUAUUCUUGUUAAAGCAGCCAAGAAGCCCAUCCCGGCACCUGGGUGCGGCACAAUUUGCCGGUCAAACGUCAACGCCAAGGAGAUUCGCUUUGGAGCACAGGUUCUCUUAUUCAAAGCUUCAGCUUGAUGCUACUGAGGGCGACGCGACUGCACUGUCCACAUACCUUGCGACGGGCGAUGCUUUCGGCGACUCAAUGCUCUUCACCUUCUUGGCAACAACUUGCAACGACUUCCCUACGGAGGCCGAGGCCUUUGCGGAUCUCUGGGUCAAGCAGAUUGAAGCUUCUGUCUUCGCUCCCUUGACUGGAGGCGCAUCCGCCACCUACAUGGUCCAGAGUGCUUGUAUCGGUUGGAAGCACAAGAACAGAAAUCGUCCAAAGAUGGUUAAAAUCAGGGGAACACCAAAGGUUCUUGUCGUGAAUGGAAUCUACGAUCCGUCUACGUCAUACGCUUGGGCCAUGGGAGUUUCGAGACAGUUUGGCGAGUUUGGUGUGUUGUUGACCAGGAACGGCGCAGGGCAUAUUUCGUACCAUAUUGGAGGGGAGACAUCUAGAGCUAUGGAUAGAUAUCUAGUGAACCUAACGGUGCCGGCGCCUGGGACUGUUUUUGACUCGUAG